AUGAAAAGACGUAUAGACGGUUUGCCUGAAUGCUUGAUUCUUGAGUGUCUUGCUCGUCUUCACCUCAAGGACUUACCUGCCGCAUCCCGAGUAUGUCGUAGGUGGCUUCAUCUGAUCAAAUCUCGUCAUUUUUACUCCCUCAGGAAACAACUCGGAUGUACGAAUCAGGUGGCUUGCUUGCUCCAGCACAUACCUCCAUCAAACUCCCUUAAUAUCAAAUAUGUAAUCAACAUGUUUGACCCGAUGGAUCGGGAGUGGAACCGACUCCCUCCGAUCCCUGAUCUCACAAAGGAACAUACUUGGCAAACUUGGAUUGCUAGCUCAGAAGGGAAACUCGUCGUUUUUUGCGGUAGCGAUACUCUCCCAAUGGAGUCUGUGAUUGUAUUCGUGUUGGAUUUUGCGACUCAACGGUGGAGAAAAGGCAAAGACAUGCCUUUAGUUAGUAGUUCAAGGUUUUCCACCGUGUCUUCCCCCCAGUGCCAACGAAUAUUCAUCAGCGGUGACCACCGCCAGAAGGUGGAUGCACCUUGGGACUAUGUUUGGGAGUAUGAUGUGUUGAAGGAGGAGUGGACCGUGUUGUAUCAGAUCAGAAGUUUCAAGAUCCGAGGGCUGCGGAUAAUUGGAGAGGAGUUAUGGGUUAUAAUUGGACACAAACACAUAGGAAAAUGGACAAUGCCUGAAGGACAUGGUGCAGUUGUGUACCAUCUUCGAACUAACAAAUGGAGGGAAGUUACAUUGACUUUGGGAAGAGUUAAUAACUUAUUGAGUAGUCGCCACAACUCUGACUUGAAAUUGUAUAAGUUGAUGAAAAAGUUGUAUCGGAAUGAGUUCGAUGUCAUGAAAAACUGUUGUAGUAGACUCCAAUUGGGUAAACAAAGUUUACUAAUGACCACAUGCGGUAACAAUGGUGGGAAGGAAUUAUUUUGUAUGCAGGAUCAAGAAGGUAAAUUUGAUAAAAUGGAGCCCCCUAGUAUUGAGUUUUCUGGAUAUGUGGAAUCAAGUUAUUGUAUUGAACUCUAA